AUGGACUACGGUAGAAACAUUCCAUCAGCAGUGGACAGCUUGCAAUAUAGUCCACAAAUUUUAAUAAACAAGGAAAACACAGAAAACCAACCAUUUGUGUCUGAAGCUUGGAAUUCACUUCACCAAAGCAUGAAAUAUACCGUUUUCUUCACAUCUUUAGAUAUCUGUGUAUUUUGUCUUAUCCUUUUAUCAAGAAAAUCUUCUGCUACUGAUUUUCGGUACGAUGCAUGCUUGUCCAAGAAUUGUGACAAUGGCCCAAAAAUUAAAUUUCCAUUCUAUAUUGAAGGUUUGCAAAAAUCCUACUGCGGUUACCCCGGAUUCCAUCUCAAGUGCGGAAAACAUGGCUAUCCAAUGAUUAGUUCAACAGAAAAUGACUAUAUAGUUGAAAACAUUUCCUAUCCUCGUCGUUCUUUUCGUGUUUAUAAUGCUGCUGUUUUGAGUAAUUUAAACGGCAGAUGCCUUCCACAAAUCAGGAACACGACACUUCCUAUUAGAGAGUUUCAGUAUGUUAAUGCAACAAGUCUUUAUUUUUUGUCCAAUUGUAUUGAACCGUUGCCUAAUGAUCUUUUGCGAUACAAGGUUGACUGUCCGGGUGAGAAAAGAGAUAAUUUGGAUUUAGCAAUUUGUGAUAAGGAUGAAAAUUUGCAGAAGGGAUUGAAAAAUUGCGAAAAAAUAGUGGCGGCACUGGUGGAAGUGCAUGGUGAUGAAGAGAGGAUUGUAGUGGGAGAGUAUAAGAAGAUUUUGAGAAGAGGGUUUGAACUGAAUUAUUCAUCAUCCAGUGAAUGCAGUACAUGUGAGAGAGAGGGCGGCCGAUGUGGCUUUAACACCACUACUUUGAUGUUCCGUUGCUUCUGCCCUGACAGACCCCGUCCCUUGGGUUGCAGUGCAGAUUCAGGUAUGUUAUAAUUACCUAAGUUUAGGUGAUUAUGAUCGAUUAAUUUGAUAAUCUGUGAUUGUUAAAUAAGUUGUGACAUACGAAUUUUGUGAUUUGUGAUC